AUGGAUGAAGUCAUGCAGGCUGGUACAAGCUCAGAUGAGUGUGAAUCCAAGGAGGUCAGUACGCAGAUGGAUUCUCUCACAGACCUCCGCAACCAAAUCCUACAGCUGCUCUGCACCACCCUGAGUGACCACUCCUUUAUGGUGAUACAGAAGGAGCUGCAGGUCAUGCAGAGGAGCUCAUACUACUUGAAAAUCGAAUGUGAUGAUUUGCAGCCAAGUUUAGAAGAGGAGGAGCCCUUUUUGGAUUUUUCUGACAGCUCAAUGUGGCAUUUCCUUGAGCAGCGGAGGCUGCAGCAUGCCUGGAGCCAGGCUCACACCCAUGUGAAAAUCCUCAUUUAUUUUCUGGGAAUGCUUUACAAAGAGAUCUUCCGAGGCUGUCGUGAGCUGGAGGCCUUCAUCGUUGAAUAUAACCAGGGUUUGGUGGACAGUGACACAGCAGCUUCCAUCAAGCAGAAGCUCCAGCAAACCCACCAGUACGUGAACAAGUUUAAAAGGAAAGUGACUUGGAACAUCGGCCCGCUGAACCUGCAGAAGAAGCUCUUCUACCACGUGGACAACAUCCCCAUACAGCUCAGUGCAUCAGUGGUCGUCAAGAUGCCGGUCAUAUUUAACAGGCUCAAGUCGUGCGUGACAUCCACCGCUGUGCAUCUCUUUUGGGACGUUGAAGGCGAGCAGUCUCAGGAGCUGGACCAACAGUUUGAGAUCCACAUAAAGAGCCUUCAGCCAACCAAUGCUGAACAAGGCCAGUUGACUUCAUGUAAAUGCCAGUCAUACGACACCAGUGUCAACGAACUGGUGCCUGACACGUACUACGAAUUCUCCGUCCAGAGAGCCGAUGCUGUAAACUUAGUGUAUGGAUGGUGGCUUGACACCAUCACCCUGAAGACCUUGGACAUUCCCAGUUAA